GUUGCGGUGAAAGUCACGAGUCGAAAGUUGUGAGCGUGAUGAGUGCUUUCGAGAUUUUGGACGGUUCAAGGUUUCCAAUUCCUGGUGGCCGUAGGCAUGCAUCGCAUCAAAUCGUGAGUCACUGUUCCCCCUCGACUCUUUGGUGGGUCCGCCUCCCUAUUUUCACACACCAUUCUACCCUUCAGCUACGCCCUCACCAACGAUCGCAUAUGCUAAGCUGAACCAUUGGGUCGGCCGGAUCCCAAGGCCGCGCAUCGAAUAGCAGCUUUUGAGCCAGGUGCAUGUAGCAAGAGCAUUACACUGCCAUCGAGCUUCGUCCGCUUACAGGCAGAGCAGUGCCACGACUACACCUCCCGGUAACACAUUCCCCUCUCUUCACCGCCAAGAGCUUGUGACCAUCCAUCCCUCGACUUGAGACUCGGCUACUCUGGCGGCUUGGUCGAGCAGCUCCCCCGUACGCUCAAAGGGUCGAGAUGGAUCAAAUGCGAGCACUAGCGGCUCAGGCCGAAUCCAUAGCGCAGAGAAUACCAGGAAGCGCAAUCGUAGCGCGCUACGUCCGGUCAUCUUAUCAAGAUGAUCCCUUCCGAUCAUUACUAGAGUUGAUCCUUCUCGCAUUCGCUCUUCGCACGCUGCUUCAAAGCCGAACACGCGGGAAUCAAAGCGGAAGCAACUUUGUCAAGCUUUCAGAACGGGAGAUUGACGAAUUGGUCAGCGAAUUCAAUCCUGAACCUCUGGUUGCACCGCUGACUGCCCUAGAAAAGGAAGAGCUGGACUCGGUGCCUACAAUCAGCGGUGGACUUUCUUCCAAGCCCAAAGUGCUGCUACCUGCGCGUAUCGGUGGCAGCGCAAAGGGAGCCAAAGAGAUGCUCAAUCUGGCCAGCUACAACUUUGCUGGAUUGGCUGGCAGCGACGUCAUUCGAGACGCAGCUGUAGAUACGCUCAGAGAGUACGGUGUUGGAAGCUGCAGUCCGCCUGGGUUCUACGGCACCAUUGAUGUUCACAUGACGCUGGAACAGGAUCUAGCGAGGUUUUUGGGAGUGGAGAGCGCAAUCAUAUACUCUCAAGGCUUCAGCACCAUCAGCUCCGUCAUUCCUUGCUACCUGAAGAGAGGAGACGUGAUAGUCGCAGACAAGGGCGUCAACUUUGCUAUCCAGAAGGGCAUUCAGGCUUCACGAUCUUUUGUCCGAUGGUACGAACACAAUUCUCUUUCCUCGCUCGAGAGCGUCUUGGCAGACGUCACAAAGCACGACAAGCGGAGGCGAGGAAGACUCACGAGACGCUUUAUCAUCACGGAAGGCAUCUUUGAAGGUGACGGCGCGGCUGUGGACUUGAAGGCGAUUUGCGAUCUCAAAAAGAAGUAUAAGUUUAGAUUGAUUCUGGAUGAAGGUAUCAGUUUCGGGACCGCGGGAAAGUCGGGCAAAGGAAUGACCGAGCUUUGUGGCGUCAAUCCGAACGAGGUGGACAUUCUGUGCGGUAGCAUGUCAAAUACGCUUGGUGCGGCUGGCGGGUUCUGUGCAGGUGCGGCCACCAUGACGGAGCAUCAACGGAUCAAUGCUGCUUCAUUCGUCUACUCCGCCGCCAUGCCAGCCAUGCUGGCAGUUGCGGGGUCAACGUGCAUGCAGUAUCUGCAGGCGCACCCAGAUGUGCUCGAACAACUGAGGAGCAACAUUGCAACGAUCAGGAGCACGCUUGUUCCCAUCGAAAGCAUCGUCAUUGUCUCGGAUGCCGCCAGUCCGCUGAUUCACGUCCAAGUUCGGAGUCAAGCCGAUCCUCAUCCUGCUUCUCCAAAAGGCAACGCAUCUUUGAGCGUACCUCAGGAGUUGGUAUUGGGUCACGACCUGACAGGACUGGAACAGGCAAGACUACUUCAAUUGAUCGUGGACGAAAGCUUGAGGAAUGGAGUGCUGUUGACAAGACACAAGACGCUACCGAGCAUCAAUGCUAAAGCGCUGGAGUCGGGUGCGCAUGCUAGACCUUGCAUCCGGAUUGCAGUCACGGCUGGACUGACGCAGAAGGAGAUUGAAAAAUCGGCGGGCGUGAUCAAGAAUGCUGUGGUCAAGGUGCUUGGAAAGCGGAGAUAGGUACUAAGGGAUGGCCAGGUGUAGCAUUAUGUGUUGCAAGCCGCGCAUCGACAGUCGCAAUGAUAUCAAGAACGCGCUCCCUCAUGGUCCAAGGGGUCUUCUUAUUCCAACUCGGCGGCGGUCUUGCUGAGUGCACACGAUGUGACUCGCGAAUGGGUCAUGUGAUGUUGACCACCCUACAGCAUGAGUUUGAGUGUUGAGCUGCUGCACUGAUGACUUUGCUGUACUCGCUCGCCUUAGCACGAUUCGUGGGGCCUGUACAUUCAACUCGGUGAUGACGACAAUUU